AAACCAAACCGAUAGCCGAGAGCAAAAGCUCGCCACGGCACGCCAAAAUACUCCUCCCCCUCCCCUCAUCGUCCUCCUCGGCUCGGCCGGGCUCCUCUGAUCCUCUCCCAGUCCGGCAAAAUACACCUCCCGCUCUCGCGUCGCGUUCCUGUCCCGUCGUGACAAGCACAAACACGUAGUAGCAGCAAACCGAAGCGACGCGUGCCCGUCCCGCGAUGGCCACGGCGGCCGCGGCCAGGCACCAGCACCAGCACCAGCAGCGCCGGGGUGCCCAGCGGGGGCGGCGCCGCGGGAGCGGGAUACGGUGCUCGUCGCCGGCGCAGGAGUUCGCGUCGCUGGCCGCGGUGUUCCGGCGGCGGCUGGUGGUCGGGGCCACCACGGCGGCGGCCGCGGCGGUGGGGGCCAACUUCGGCGGCGUCACCAGCUUCCUGCUGGGCCUGUCGCCGGAGCUCGGCCGCUCGCUCCGCCUCGACGUGCUCUACCCCGUCGGCGGCUUCACGCGCUGCCUCGACUCCGACAAUGGGUUCGAAUUCAUCUAUCCAUCAAGUUGGGUUGGAGACCAGACGCUACUGUACAGAGAAGCGAAGAAGGCAGAAUUGCAAAGAUCGCUAGACCCACCGCCACUGCCAAACGGAGGAUCUCCAUCUGGGCCUCGGAACAUCAGUGAACCUGUGGCAGCAUUUGGCCCCCCUGGAUCCAAUGGGGAGCUCAACGUCAGUGUCAUCGUCUCCACUGUGCCACGAGACUUCUCGAUCGAGACGUUCGGCAGCCCAAAAGACGUGGGGGAAGUGGUGCUCAGAAGGAUCGCGAGGACGAGGCGAAGCCCGGACAUCAACGCUACCCUUAUCGACGCCGCCGUGAGAGAGGACGCGGGCAGGGUGAAGUACUACAAGCUGGAGUUCCGAGUCGAGAGCCCUUCUUUCCGGCGGCACAACGUCGCGGUCUGCUGCGUGAGGGACGGCAGGCUCUACACCAUGAACGCGCAGGCACCGGAGUCGGCGUGGAAGGCGGUCCAGAAGGAGUUCUUGGCAAUGGCGGACUCGUUCGGCUUAGUUAGCGACGCUUGAUUGACAUGCAGUUAGGCACGCAGUUUUGGUUUUGUACCCCUGAGCGUUUUGUCCACUAGUUUGCAAGGUCUCGGUAACGAGAUGCCGUGGUUUGGUGUAGAGAAACUAGGACAUGAUGUUUCUGUUUCUGUUAUACUACCUUACAAUCAUGUCUGAAGUUUUCUUCUGAA